GUUUCACUUUUUGUCUGUGGGUUCGCUCCCGGGCCCCGUGCGAGCUUUCCUGGGAUAAGUAGCUUUAGCGAGCGGGGGAGAGCCAGGCGCUGCAAGGUGGGAACAUUGAGGAAGCGGAACUGAAGACAGAAUCCAGUCCCCUGAUUCCAGUUCAGUGCUUUCUCUGUUGUUCUGCAGGACACUCAUCGGAGGGAAGAUAUUUGUCCGCAGUUGACACUAGCAUUGCAGUUUGCUGAACCUUGUGUCCACUGAUCAUUCCAAGAGCUAGCUGUCCAAGAUUCAACAAUGUCUCACCCAUCUUGGCUGCCACCCAAAAGCUCUCCUGAGCCCCUUGGCCAUGUGUCUGCCCGGAUGGAGACCACCCAUUCCUUUGGGACCCCCAGCAUUUCAGUGUCCACACAGCAACCACCGAAGAAGUUUGCCCCCGUCGUUGCUCCAAAGCCGAAGUACAACCCAUACAAGCAACCUGGCGGUGAAGGUGAUUUUCUUCCACCCCCGCCUCCACCUCUAGAUGAUUCCAGUGCGUCUCCAUCGGGCUCUGGGAACUUCCCUCCUCCACCUCCCCUUGAUGACAGUGCUUUCAGGGCACAGGGAAAUCCUGGAGGCAAGACCCUUGAGGAGAGACGCUCGAGCCUGGACGCUGAGAUCGACUCAUUGACUAGCAUCUUGGCCGACCUGGAGUGCAGCUCCCCCUACAAGCCUCGGCCUCCACAGGGCUCUACUAGCUCAACAACAGCUUCUCCUCCAGUCUCCACCCCUGUCACAGGACAUAAAAGAAUGGUCAUACCAAACCAGCCCCCUCUGACGGCAACGAAAAAGUCUACAUUGAAGCCACAGCCUGUACCCCAGGCUGGACCCAUCCCCGUGGCUCCAAUUGGAACACUAAAACCCCAGCCUCAGCCCGUCCCAGCCUCCUACACUACGGCGUCUACCCCUUCAAGGCCUACCUUCAACGUGCAGGUGAAGUCAGCCCAGCCCAGCUCUCAUUACAUGGCUGCCCCUUCACCAGGACAAUUUUAUGGCUCAGGGCCAGGGGCCCAGGGCUAUAACACUCAACCAGUUCCUAUCGCUGGGCAGGGUCCACCUCCUUCUACACGGGGAGGCGUGGAUUAUGCGUAUAUCCCACCACCAGGACUUCAGCCUGAGCCUGGGUAUGGGUAUGCCCCCAACCAAGGACGUUAUUAUGAACCCUACUGUGCAGCGGGGCCUGGCUAUGGGGGCAAAAAUGACUCUGAUCCUGCCUAUGGUCAACAAGGUCACCCAAAUACCUGGAAGCGGGAACAAGGCUAUACUCCUUUUGGCACCGGGAGCCAGAACCCUGCUGGGAUGUAUCCAGUUGCUGGUCCCAAGAAGACCUAUAUCACAGAUCCUGUUUCAGCCCCCUGUGCACCACCACUGCAACAAAAGAGUGGACAAACAGGAUCCAUGGGGCCUCCGGCUGUCCCUUCCUCAUUCCGCCCUGAAGAUGAGCUCGAGCAUCUGACCAAGAAGAUGCUGUAUGACAUGGAAAAUCCACCCGCCGAUGAAUACUUUGGCCGCUGUGCUCGCUGUGGGGAAAAUGUAGUAGGGGAAGGUACAGGAUGCACUGCCAUGGAUCAGGUCUUCCACGUGGAUUGUUUUACCUGCAUCGUCUGUAACAACAAGCUCCGAGGGCAGCCCUUCUAUGCGGUGGAGAAGAAAGCCUACUGUGAGCCCUGCUACAUCAAUACCCUGGAGCAGUGCAGCGUGUGCUCCAAGCCCAUCAUGGAGCGGAUCCUCCGAGCCACUGGGAAGGCCUAUCAUCCUCACUGCUUUACCUGCGUGAUGUGCCACCGCAGCCUGGAUGGGAUCCCGUUCACCGUGGACGCUGGCGGCCUCAUCCACUGCAUUGAAGACUUCCACAAGAAGUUUGCCCCCCGCUGUUCUGUGUGCAAGGAGCCUAUCAUGCCAGCCCCCGGCCAGGAAGAGACUGUCCGGAUUGUGGCUCUGGAUCGCGAUUUCCAUGUUCACUGCUACCGGUGUGAGGAUUGUGGUGGUCUCCUGUCUGAAGGAGAUAACCAAGGCUGCUACCCUUUGGAUGGACACAUCCUCUGCAAGACCUGCAACUCUGCCCGCAUCAGGGUGUUGACCGCCAAGGCUAGCACUGACCUUUAAAUCCAGUCACCUAUUUAGCGGUUAGUUGGUGGCUCUGAGAAGGAUGAAACACAAGAAAAAAAACAUAAGAAGAGAAAUAGGAAAAGAGAGGAAAGGCAAUCAAGCUAUAGGAUGGUCUCUACUUCAUCCACUAUUAACCUUCCUUUAGAAACACAUAGAGUAUGAGAUGUUUUAAAGUUCUCACCAAAUACACAUUUCACAUUUAAUCAUGUAGGACCUUGAUGGGCCUUUGUUCCCAAGGACUUGCACAUUUUUGCACGGAUUAUGCUCCAUCCCAUUCACUUCUGCAUUCCUUUAACUUUUAAUCCCUAUGUUUGUCUCACUUUUCAUCUGGUUGAAUGGCUUUUUUUAGUGUGGUAUUUGCUGUCACACAGCUUUUCCUGGGUGAGUUUGCCAACUCACAGGUGCUUUUAGGCUUGAAGGCUCCAUCCUAUCACUUCCACAUUGCCAGUGAGCAUAAAAGAUAGCCAUUCUUUUUCUGUGUAUUGAAAAAUAGUUCUUUCUGUUGCUCUAAACUAGUCGUGUCCCUUGGGGGAAAAAAAUGCACAAUUAUAUGUCAGGCUAUAAAGAAUUUAAGCUGUAAAUUACAUAGGUUAAAAGAAGCCCUCAUUGAAUUUGCAGCCAUCCUAAUUCAAAAUCUAUAAUGACCAGUGUUUGGGGCUCAUUUGAAAAUAGAUACUGGUGAGAGAGAACCAAACUUCAAUAUUUUUCUAAAGAAAUUACAGAUAGGGUAUGCUGGAUAAAGCAUUUUGGGGUUAUAUUUGAAAAACUCAUUAUUACCCCAAAAUAUUAUCUUAAGAUUUUCCUUUUCCAUGCUACCUGGACAUAAUAAUAUGGACAAACUUGGUUUUCUCUAGAAUAUAACAUUUCCAAUACUGUUCUUCUUUUCAUGCCAGAAAUAUUGCCUUUUUUUUUUUUUAAAUAUCCAAACACAAGUACCAAAAUUGACUUUUUCUCUAGAGGAAAAUAGCUAUAAAGAGCGGUUUAAAAAUUUUUUUUUCCAGGCCCAGGUCCUUUUUGCCUGACAGUUGCAAAUCAGGGCACAUAAAAUUGUGUUAGUUUUGUGUAGUUUACUUUAAAAAGACAGGAAAGCUUGAAAAGAUUGUGAAACCACAGUCUCAUUAUUCUUAUAAUCCUUCUGCAACUCAAAUUACAUACUGCAGAAGACAUUUUCAUAUCAUCGAUGUGACAUUUACACCACACUUUCAAAGACAAUCACUGAAAAAAAAUUGCCUUUUUGAGCUAAAAAUAUGCAGUCUCUGCCUAGAAUCUUUAUUCAAACUCUUAUUGGGCAGUGAAAUGCUUACUUGCCAGCUCCAGGACCGCAUAUACUUUAUUACGUUUUAACAUGUUUCUUUUAAGGAAG